GCCAAGCAUUUGAGCAAGCAGGCAGAGCUCCAGGAUGUGUGUUUAUCAAGAGAGGAGAUAUUCACAUUGAGAAAAUUAAGCAUUCAAAGUAUUUUCAAGCUAUUUUUCAGCAAUCCGAAGAAAGAAAUUUGAAUGACUUGGGAGACCAACUUGACAGGAAGGAGAAUUCAAGUUGUAUGACCUCAAAAGUUCUGACGCAAGCAAAAUUGACAUCAUUGUAUGGGGGCUUCUCGAGGACAACUAAUAGUUCUUAUAAGAGUUCUCUGAACUGCAAAGCUGAUGAGGAAGAUAGAUCUCAUGGUAAUGGUUUUGGGACAAAACGUAUGCAUGUGGAAAUUAGUGGCCCCACAAUGGACAAUGUGAAGUCUCCAUCAACCAAUGAAGAAGCUAAGGAUGAUGUUUCUGGCAAUGGAUUUGUCACUGCCAGAGCAAAAUUGGAAAUGGAUGCGAGGCAAAGGCGAGGGCUGACUGGAUCACCAAGUGCUUCUGGUUCCCCACAGAGUGAUAGCAAUGCAACCAACAGAGGUUAUGGUGUCAAAUCCUACGGGUUUUCACGCCGUGGCAUCCGUGGUAAUUUUGUCCCCCCAAUCAGGUCGAACGGGGGUAAUACAGGUAAUAUGACUUCCCGCAUUGCGGGGAAGGGCGAAGAGGCAUUAGAUGACUCAACCAGGAGAUGUUUGGAGAUUUUAUGUGGUCCUGAUGGUGAGCUUCCCGAGAGAUUAAGGAAUUUAGAGCCCCGACUUAUUGAGCAUGUCAGUAAUGAAAUAAUGGACCGGGAUCCCAAUGUUCGAUGGGAAGACAUUGCUGGUUUGGAGCAUGCCAAAAACUGUGUAACGGAGAUGGUUAUAUGGCCUUUAUUACGGCCUGAUAUAUUUAAAGGCUGUCGUUCUCCAGGUCGAGGUCUUCUUCUGUUUGGUCCUCCUGGGACUGGUAAAACCAUGAUAGGGAAAGCUAUAGCUGGAGAAGCUAAAGCAACCUUUUUUUACAUAUCUGCCAGUUCAUUAACAAGCAAAUGGAUUGGUGAGGGAGAAAAGCUAGUGAGGGCACUUUUUGGAGUUGCCAGUUGUCGUCAGCCAGCUGUAAUAUUUGUUGACGAAAUUGAUUCACUUCUUUCUCAGCGCAAAUCAGAAGGUGAACAUGAAUCAAGUAGGCGACUCAAGACACAAUUCCUCAUUGAAAUGGAAGGCUUUGAUGGUGGGACUGAGCAAAUACUGCUUAUAGGAGCAACAAAUAGGCCCCAAGAACUUGAUGAGGCAGCAAGGAGGCGACUUACCAAGCGACUCUAUAUUCCUCUCCCCUCUUCAGAAGCAAGAUCCUGGAUUAUUCACAACCUCUUAAAGAAGGAUGGGUUAUUUAAGCUUUCAGAGGAGGAUACUGAUACCAUAUGCAAGUUGACCAAAGGGUAUUCAGGAUCUGAUAUGAAGAAUUUAGUAAAGGAUGCAUCCAUGGGUCCACUUAGAGAGGCUCUUAGACAGGGCAUUGAAAUCUCAAAGCUGAAAAAGGAGGACAUGAGGCCGGUAACUCUUCAGGACUUUGAGAAUGCAUUACAAGAGGUUCGGCCCUCUGUUUCUUUGAAUGAGCUCGGAACGUAUGAAGAGUGGAACAAACAAUUUGGAAGCUUAUCACUUUAAAAACCAUUUUGGUUGACAAGGAAAGAGACGGAAUUUUACAGCCACUUAGAGCAGGAUCUAUCAGUGUGCAUGGACUAACGAUAAUAUCAAAUCUAUUUGUACUGCCAGCAGGUAACUUUCCAACUCGACCUUGCAUUAAUAGAUGUAGUUCUCUUCCUGAAUUGAGUACAUAAACUCAGUUUAGUUUUCUACAGAAAUCCUUUUUGUUAAAUGUUAGGCGAAUAGAACUAGUCAAGUUCUA